CUCCGCCGAGCACACAGCGCCUGCUCCUGCCCUGCCCGGCACAAGCCUUUGCUUGUCGCGUGUUUUAUUUCAGCCUCACAAAACAACCAGCCAGCUUUACCAGCAGAUGGCAAAGCAUUCCUGAAGCAUCAGCGUCGCUCUGGCCCCGAAAAACCCGACCCCAGAGGCUGCUGCUGAGCGCCGAUGCCCGUGGGCGGACCCGGCCCAUCCCGUCCCGCCCCCUCCCCGCCUGUCGCCGGUGCCGGCUAAAGCCGCCGGGACGCCCCGCCGCUGCCGCCGCCUGCCCCGGGGCUUGUCUGCUGCAAUGGCCGAGGAGCUCAGCGACCUGCUGCGGGAGUUUGAGGAGGUGAUGGAGGACUUUGAGAGAGGCCCCGCCUGCCAGUACGAGCAGCACCUGCAGGAGCUGAAGCGGAGAGCGGGACACAGCGUGUACGACAGCGGCAUCGAGGAGCUGGAGAGUACCAGCAUGUCCCCAGGAAGCAGCCUCAGCUCCAGCGAGGAGGACCUCAACACCUCUGCCAGCACAUACCCCUCCAAAGCUAAGCUGGGUGACACACAGGAGCUGGAGGAGUUCAUUGCAGAUCUGGAUAAGGUGUUGGAAGAGAUGUGAGAUGUGCUUUUGGUGGCAAGUUUGGAGAGGAGGACCCACAGCCGAUGAGCCCCGUCCCGUCCCGACGCACCAUCUGCUUCUGCGCCUCUGCAACGCACCGCGCCGGGCCCGGGGCGGCUCCGGCUGCGGCCCCGGCAUCGCUGCCCGGGCCCGGGGCGGCUCCGGCUGCGGCCCCGGCAUCGCUGCCCCGGCCCGGGGCGCUGCUCUGCCGCGGGGGUUGGGCAUCUCUCUGCUCCGGGAGCUCUGGGCUUUGCCCUACGAGGGGGUCUGGCAGCUGUCUUGACUGAGGGGGUUUGGGGAGGAGGGUGUCUAUGACGCUGUUGAAGCCAGAGCAGGAACCCUGGGUGAUGUCUCAGGAAGAUCAGCUCGCAGAACAUCAGGGAGACCUCGAUGUCCCCUCCCGAUGCCAGGAGAGCCUGUUCCCGCGGUGGAAUCUGUGUCAGGCACUGACAGUCACUGCUGGCCCUUUGCUUUGCACAGUCACCUGCAAAUCAGUCCCCUGUCUGCACCCUGAGCACCUCUGCCCCAGCUGCUGCUGUAAAUACUGUAAAAAGGAUGUUGUGUGCUGUACAGAGGGGAUAUAUUUUUACAAAGAGGAUUUUAAGUGUC